AUGGACAAAGGAGGAGUAAUGCAUGUACUGUUCUUGUCAUUAGGGAGGAGGGAAACGGGAGGAGGAAAACGGGAGGAGGGAAACGGGAGGAGGGAAACGGGAGGAGGGAAACGGGAGGAGGGAAACGGGAGGAGGGAAACGGGAGGAGGGAAACGGGAGGAGGGAAACGGGAGGAGGGAAACGGGAGGAGGGAAACGGGAGGAGGGAAACGGGAGGAGGGAAACGGGAGGAGGGAAACGGGAGGAGGGAAACGGGAGGAGGGAAACGGGAGGAGGGAAACGGGAGGAGGGAAACGGGAGGAGGGAAACGGGAGGAGGGAAACGGGAGGAGGGAAACGGGAGGAGGGAAACGGGAGGAGGGAAACGGGAGGAGGGAAACGGGAGGAGGGAAACGGGAGGAGGGAAACGGGAGGAGGGAAACGGGAGGAGGGAAACGGGAGGAGGGAAACGGGAGGAGGGAAACGGGAGGAGGGAAACGGGAGGAGGGAAACGGGAGGAGGGAAACGGGAGGAGGGAAACGGGAGGAGGGAAACGGGAGGAGGGAAACGGGAGGAGGGAAACGGGAGGAGGGAAACGGGAGGAGGGAAACGGGAGGAGGGAAACGGGAGGAGGGAAACGGGAGGAGGGAAACGGGAGGAGGGAAACGGGAGGAGGGAAACGGGAGGAGGGAAACGGGAGGAGGGAAACGGGAGGAGGGAAACGGGAGGAGGAAAACGGGAGGAGGGAAACGGGAGGAGGGAAACGGGAGGAGGGAAACGGGAGGGGGGAAACGGGAGGAGGGAAACGGGAGGAGGCGGGGGUAAUGUUGAGAUUAAUUAAGGACAACAAUAAGAACGUCAGUGGGAAAGGUCGUGUGCAAUAG